AUGCGCAGACGCUGUCGUGUUCAGGGUUCCAGUCAGCCCUCGGAGCCUCCACGGACAAAUGGAGCAGGAGCCUCACUCCGUACGCCGCUUUUACGGGAGGCUAACCUGCUCAACACAGACACAAAGACGGCUGAGCUGCAGGCUCUCAGUACUACAGGUUUCGAUGAUGCCACAGCUCCAGGUGACAUUAUUAUUGGGGGAAUUUUCCCAAUACAUGAAAGUGUUAAUGUUACCAUGAGAGAAGAUGGCAGUGACAGCAGGAUCUGUAACAGGUUCAGCAUAACUCGGCUGGUCCAGUCUCUGAUUAUGGUGCAGGCGGUGGAGGAGGUAAAUAAGAGGCAUGUGUUGGGGAACCUCACCCUAGGAUAUUCUAUACUAGACUCCUGUUCUGAUGUUACCACGGCACUCAUUAGCACCCAGGCCUUCAUGAGGAGGAACGAGCGGUCCUCCCCACCUGUGUUGGCUGUUGUCGGUGAUUACUACUCAGAGAUAUCCAUAUCGGUCUCCAGGCAACUCAACCUGGAGUAUAUCCCUCAGAUAAGUUAUGGUGCAACCUCUGGUCUCUUGAGUGAUAAAACACGUUUUCCCAGCUUUAUGAGGACAGUACCAGAGGAUGAUCACCAGGCACAAGCCAUCAUUGAGAUUCUACAGAGACACCAAUGGACCUGGGUCGGUGUAGUGACAACCGAUAGUGACUACGGUCACUACAUAGCUGAACGCCUCCAGCAUCAUGCAACCGGCAAAAACAUUUGCUUUGCCUUCACCUCUAUUCUUCCAGACGUUCUGGGUGACGACAGACUCCAGGAACGCAUUAACGCUACAGUGAAAAGCAUUACUCAUAAUGAAAAUGCCAAAGUCAUUGUGUCCUUCGCCAAACCUCAUCACAUGAUGUAUCUUUUUAACAGUCUUCUCAAGGAUCCUCGAGGCAGAGGGAAAGUUUGGGUGGCCAGUGAUAAUUGGUCAGAAUCAGCUGAUAUUCUACUGAAACACUGGACUUUGAGUGACAUAGGAACAAUUUUUGGGACAACUCUUAAAUCUGGAAACUCAGCCAGGUUUAAGCAGUACCUCAGUAAUCUUGACGUAAACCCUGAUCGCCACAAGAACAACACAUUCUUGUAUAACUUUCUAAAGGAACAUCAACAACAAGAAAAUGAGAGGUGGGAGGCUGCACAAAAUGCCAGUUCCACACAGGAAGAUUUGGGUAUGAAACUCGACCGUGCUGUCAGACUGGUGAAAAGAGAGAAUCCCAAUGACACAGUCACUGACGUAUUAAUGAAGAAGUUACAUCCAUAUGCUGUGUUCAGUGUUGAGUUGGCAGUUAGAGCUAUCGCUCAGGCUGUUGUAGACCUCUGCGUCAAUAGGGACUGUAAGACUAGCCAGAGAUUACAGCCAGUCGAGUUACGAGGAGCCUUAAGGAAAGCAACGUUCCACCUGGAUGGGAAAAACUAUACAUUCGACAGCAGGGGGGACCUCAACUCAGGAUAUGAUGUCAUCCUUUGGAGGCAGACUUCACCAACCUUUAUGGACAUGUACUACAUUGUAGCUCGUUACAGUAUAGAAACCCAUAGCUUGACUUUCAUUUCGCAGCAAACAUAUCGAGAUGUCAUCAGUGUCACAGGUGAUGUGAUUUCCAGGUGUUCAAACAGCUGUGCUCCAGGCUACAGGAAGCAGUCAGCCCAGGGCCAGCCUGUUUGCUGCUAUCUAUGCCACCCCUGUCCUGUGGACCACUUUUCCAAUAUCAGCGAUUCCACAGAAUGUCAUCUUUGCAACACUGAGACUGAUUACUCCUCCAUGGGAAGUGACAGGUGUUUCCGCAAGAAACCUGUCUUCCUGAGUUGGGAUGAUAAAUAUCAUAAGGUGCUGCUGGCAUUUACUGCUCUAGGGGCACUGCUUACCAUUGUUGUUGGGAUCAUCUUCCUUGCACGCUGGAAUACGCCUGUUGUGCGUGCAUCUGUGGGCCCCAUCUGCAUCCUCCUCCUCGCCUCUCUCUUGAGCACGUUUGUGAGUGUGAUAUUGUUUGGUGGAAAACCCAACCCCUGGCAGUGCCAAGCACGGCAGGUACUGUUUGGCUUGAGCUUCACCCUGUGUGUCUCCUGCAUCAUGGUCAAGUCCUUUAAGAUCAUCUUGGCCUUUGAGUUUGACCCCAGCAUUAAGAGUGUCCUGGAAAAGCUCUACAAGCCUUACAUCAUUAUUACAGCGUGCAUGGCAGGUCAAGUGCUGAUCUGUGCCCUGUGGCUUUCAUUCAAGUCUCCAAUGCCCAAAUGGGAGUUACUGAAAAACAAAGAGGAGCGCCUGCUUUUUUGCAAUGAAACAUCCUUUACUGCAUUUGGAGCCAUGCUAAGCUAUACUGGCGUGUUAGCUCUCAUCUGCUUUGGUGUUGCUUUCAAGGGCAGAAAGCUGCCGCAAAGUUACAAUGAUGCAAAGUUCAUCACCUUUGCUAUGUUGAUUUACUUCAUCUGCUGGAUCAUCUUUGGCCCAGUUUAUGUCACUGUCACAGGCCGCUACCUUCCAACAGUGGAGAUGGUCGUCAUCCUCAUCUCAGCCUACGGCAUCCUGUUCUGUCAGUUCUUCACCAAGUGUUACAUUAUUCUGUUCAAGCCAGAAGCAAACACAGUAAACGCCUUCCGCCAGGAUGUAAGGAAUUACUCCUCGGGUCACAUCCGAUAUGAGGAUAACUGGAUCUCAUCUUCCUUUAGCUCUGGAGAGAUUCAAAACACUGCUGUAGAUGUGGAGUCAACAACGUCAAAUUCAUUGUCAUUCGAUCGACUGAAUGACCAGCACCUAUCCAUGAGCUCUGGUCUGUCAUCACGCUCUCUGUUACCAGUUUCGAACCCACAGCUCGUAAGACGGCAGAGCAACAACAAUAAGAGGCAAUUAAGGAGAUAUUUAAGUUUGCCAGUGUAAAUAACAAAGUAAUACACAAAAGUAAAAAAAAUCCAUUAAAAUAUUUAAAAACUGUAGCACAAAAUGUAAUGGUUCAAGGAUUAUUAUGGCUGCCACUAGCCAUUAUUUUCAUUAUUGAUUAACAUACUAAUUAUUUUCUAUAUCAAUCGAGUAUUUGUUUUGUCUAUAAAAGGCCAGAAACUAGUAAAAAAAAAAAGCGAUAUAAUUUCCACAAGCCUAAUGUGAAUUAUUCUAAUUGCUUAUUUCACCAACAGCAUAAACACCAAAAUUGCUUUUAAGUUUACUAUGAUAUCAAGCAAAGCACCGACUCCUUAUACUUUUGAACCUUUUGUACAGAGACGAUGAAUCCUAAAGACUUUGGUGAUACACCGACUUUUCAUGUACUGCCACUAGCAGCUGAAGAUGAUUUGUGGUUUUGACUAAAAAUUACUGCUGUAUGGAUUGCCAUGAAAGUUGAUACAGUCAUUCGUGUUUCCCUCAGGAAAAACAGUUAUCAUUUGGGUGAUCCCUUAACUUUUCAUUUAGCACCACCAUCACGGAUCAGAAACUAAGGCUUAACUAAGCUGGUGAAAAUGGCUACUGAAGAGCACGCUAGCAUUAAGUCAUUGUGAGCAUGUUGGCACACUGAUAUUAGCAUUUUGCUCAAAGCACCACUGUGCCCUAAUAAAUCCUCACAGAGCUGCUAGCAUGACUAUAGACUCCUAAUCUUGUUACUUGAAAAAUGAGUGAAACGAUUGAUUAUCAGAAUUGUUGCUGAUUAAUCUUCUGUCAAUUGGCUUAUCAAUUAACUGACUAACUGUCUCAGCUCUAAAUGUCAUAUCGGAAGUAUUGACAAAAACACUCAAAAAUGAACAAUUGCAGCUCUCACUUCUUUAGGGGUUUACAUUAUAAAUGGCACAAAAUAUUAAAUAAUAUUUGUCACAUUAAAGAUUUGAUAAUAGUCAUUGUUAUAAUUAUGUAAUAAUUGCCAUAUCUGAUAAACCUAUAAUUCAAUAAAUGAAUGGAACAAAACACUGUAGUGGGCUGUACUAGAUCCUGAAAUUUUCCUGAUGUACAAAAACACCUCCUGGGAAAAGCCAUUGUGGCAACAAUCAGUACUCUACUCUGUAAUGACUGCAUUGCCAUUCUGGAUUAUGGUCUGUGUUCUCUGUUUCAUGUUUAAUAUCUAUUUAAAUAUAUGUGAUAGUUGGGCGUAAGGAAUAUCUUUCUAGGUGUUGAGAUCAUUUCACACAAUCGUUAGACAGGAAAGGCAAUCAUUAGUUUGGAAAAUAAACUUUUCUUUAAUUCUAGCAAUCUCAUCUUCAAAUCUCAUAAAC